GAACUUCGAAGAGUUGCAGACAAGAUCAGAAAAUUCAAAAGCGUAGCCACUGCUACCGUGUUCUUCAACAUUCAGCUUUAUAAUUCAUCCCACGAGAUAUUCUUACUCAAUCAAUCAGUAGUAUUAUGUCCGUCAUGGCUUCCUUUCCCGUGGAUAUCUGGGCAUCGAAGGCACAACAAAACGCUGUCAGCGCUACCAAUAUGGGCAUGCAGCAACAGUGUCACUUUGCUGAUCGGAUGGCGGCGGGUUUCAUGGUCGACCUUGGAAACAAUACCAAUGGUCCCUCGCCGUCCACAACUCCUGCUGUGAGCCAGGCAUCGCGCAACCUUCCCAGCUUGCAGCAGCUUGGCCCACAGCGUAGCUUCAGUUCAUCCGGAACUCUCUCCCCGGUGGCCACUCCCAGCAGUUCUUCGCUGCAGUCCUCGCCCGACGCGUCCCCCGCCCAGACACCGGACGACUGCGUAGAGGGAGGGCAGCUCAACUCGGUGAUCCUGCCACGCGUCAUGACCGUCAGGGAGGCACGCCAUCAUCGACGCAAGCAGGCAACCAUGCGUGAAGCCAAGCGCGCCGUGGCCAUCCGGAAAGCGUUCACCUCGCUCGAGGAGUGCAUCCCAGGACACGACGAGCGUAGCUACACACGUCUGGAGAUUCUGGAGCAAGCCACAGUUUACAUUAACGAACUCACCACGGCGCUGAAGAUGAGCAGCAACCGAGCCUCUUCUCUCCGCGCCGCCACCGCCUCCGUCCGUGGAAUCAGCAGUGCCCCUCAGCAACUGCAGCACAUGCCCACCCAGCCGCAUUGCCUGAUACCCACCACGUCCUUCCCCAGCGCGUCUGGUGCCAUCCGCGUGGACACUCCGCCUGCGGACAAGUCGUUCGCCAGCAGCGGGAUCACGACGUGCAGCGCGUUUACCAGCUUCAGCACCACCAGUGGCUGGAAUACCACACCGCUCAGUCAUGCAGCACGUCCCCAGACCAGCAGCAACAUGACCGCCAGUGCCAAUGGGUCGGGUCUCAUUCACAGCUUCCUGCCUACACCCCAGCACGAGCAGGUGGCUGCGUUUCAACCAGUAACAACCUCCAGCUCUGCUGUGCCAAUGACCAGCCACAGCUCCGAGCAGGGAUUGGGCUUGUUGAGCCUUGACGACCUUCUAGCCAAUAGCACUGGCUCCCAAGCGAUGAUGUCCAGUGGAUCUACUGGAAACUGGGCUGACAUUCUGGACAGCAGCAUCCCAGAAGCGGUUCACUGAUCAGCAGAGAAUCUCCAGCUUCAAUCAACAGUGCAGCAGAACAAGAAACCAACGGUUCUGUUCGCCAAUCUUGCUGAUGUCUGAAACCUCACCAAGGUGAAGUACGAAUCACCUGUGCUGUCGUGAAAGCAGAGCCGCAGACAACCCAGUCCGCUGGCACUAUGCCCUGCCCCUGGAGCGCCGCCCUGCCCCUGGAGCGCCGCCCUGCCCCUGCCCCUGCCCCUGGAGCCGCGGCCCAACGCUUCAGCAGCACUGGCCUCCGUCCGUCCCAAGGACACACAGCUGGCCGUACGUGCUGGGAAGCACACCUGCCGCCUUCUCCAAAGAAUCUGGAACUGUUGCAGUACACAACUUGCGUUGCUUUCUGCUCCCAAUUUCCAAUCAUUAUAAUUAUCUUUGUGAGAAGCCUGGCUAGCUCCGAGUUGCGGCGUGUGGUGGUGAUAGUGGUGUGGUGGUGGUUUAAGAGCAAGCGUAAGUCUAAGCAUUGCUGUGUGCCGAACACUGGUGUUCCUGCUGGCAUGCAAACCUCAAAGACGUGUUCGAUUUAUACUUGUAGUGCUGCAGCUUGCUACGGGACCUGACUAUAGGCUCCAGGAAUACUAGCUACAUGUGCAUUGUAUUUGUAGCUUAGCAAUCACUACAUCUACAAUGCAAUGCAUUAAAAUUCAAUCGAAUGAUUAUUUGGCGUAAUAUUCUAUUUUGAUUAUGCUGGCUAUGCAAUAUUUUGAACUUGUCUGUCGUGUUCUACCUUUGGAUGAGCAUCAGUUUCUUGAUGCGUUAUUCAAGUUAAUUCCUUUUUCACUAAAUCAUGUAUGUUCCGAAGAAGAAGUCCGAAAGUCAA